ACCUGUGAGACCCUGAAUGUGCACAGAUGGCUAACGGCAACUUUGGUAUUCAUUUUCUGAUUAAGGCAUAAUGUUGGUUUGCAAGAAUGACCUUUCACAAUAAGACAGAAGAAUGCCUUGAGCCAUGUGUUCCCACUGAUUGUCACUCCCAGGAGUUUCAUGACAUUGGGGUGGUGAUCACUUGAACUGAAGACUCCUGCACCAAGCUAGAGAAACAAGGAAACAUUAUUAUAAAAUGCUAUGACUCAGUGUAACUGAGUAGUUGAUCUGUGCCGUAAGACUUUA